AUGGACGAGAUUGGAUUCUUGUGGACGGAUGCCAAAAUGGACAAGCAUGAGAGGCGGUGGAUGGCAAUGUUUGAGGCACUGAAGGAAUACAAGGCAACUCAUGGACACUGCAGAGUACCUCACAAGGAAGGCACUCUGGGUAUAUGGGUCGGAACUCAGCGCCGUCUGUACACUAUUGACAAACUCAGGAGGGACAGACAAGAGAUGCUGGAAUCCAUUGGUUUUGAAUGGAGGCUUAAAAGGUUUGUUGAGGUGAAGAAACCAGAACAGGAAACUUUGUGGAAUUCACAAUAUGCCAAGGUUGUUAGAUUCAAGGAAGAAUAUGGUCAUACGUGUGUGCCAUAUCGAUAUCCUGAAGAUGAAGGGCUUGGCAUUUGGGUGCACAAUCAACGGAUACGAAACAAAAAUGGCACCUUGCGACCAGACCGUAAAGAAAAACUUGACAAAGUUGGAUUUACAUGGGACUUUGAUGAGAUUUAUGAAAAAUCUUGGCUGGACAGCUAUGAGGAGCUGAAGCAGUGCUACACCAAGAAGCUUGCUAUAGGAACUCCUCUUGGUAAGUGGGUAGACUACCAAAGGAUACGUUUUGCAAACGGUUCACUUGAACCAGAGAGGAAAGCGAUGCUGGAUGAAAUUGGCUUUGAAUGGUGGGAGUAA